UAAGGCCACAGAAAACACUAGGAAGUGAAAGUGGGCUUGACCUCAUCUCUCCAAUCCCAGGAGCCUUGCUCUUUCUUCCACGCCGUGCCGCCUUCUUUUCAGGAAAAAGGCUUGUUGACUUUUUCGUUUGUAUGCACAGUUCAAAGCAGAAAAACAUGGUGUCAUCUUUUGAGAUACUCACUCUGUCAGUGAGAACUUGAAAAUUAAGUUAAAAAUUAAGCGGCAAAGCCAAACUCAGUCUCUCUGCUCGGAGAAUGUAGGGCCAAACCUGAUGCAGUCUCACUGUCACGCGGCUCGUUAUUUAUCCUUGUGAAACUCAGAGGUCUUAUUUGAAAGGGAAGAAGGGAUGGAAACUCCCUCUUUUUAGCCUCAACAUCUAGGGGUUAAAAUACUGGUUUAAUGGUGAAGAUAAAAGCCGGUCGUCGUAAAAGAGAUUCAGGGCAGAGGGAAACUCCACCACAAAGUGUGGUACUCUUUCCCAGAGAAGCCAAAUGGACGAGAAGCCUUCCACCAGGAAAGGUCCAGAUUUCUGUUCAUUGCGCUAUGGACUGGCUCUCAUCAUGCAUUUCUCAAACUUCACCAUGAUAACACAGCGUGUGAGUCUAAGCAUUGCAAUCAUUGCAAUGGUGAAUAGCACUCAGCAUCAUGGUCUAUCCAAUGUCUCCACAGAAGAACCUCUUGCAGAAACCCUUAAUAACCCCAGCAGAUCCUUCAAGAAAUUUAAUACAGGGGCCUCUGUAUAUGAAUGGAGCCCAGAGACUCAGGGUAUCAUCUUUAGCUCCAUCAGCUAUGGGAUAAUACUGACUCUGAUUCCAAGUGGAUAUUUAGCAGGAAUUUUUGGAGCAAAACAGAUGCUUGGUGCUGGUUUGCUGACUUCCUCCCUUCUCACCCUCUUUACACCACUGGCUGCUGACUUCGGAGUGAUUUUGGUCAUUGUGACUCGGACAGUCCAGGGCAUGGCCCAGGGAAUGGCAUGGACAGGUCAGUUUACAAUUUGGGCAAAAUGGGCUCCCCCACUUGAACGAAGCAAGCUCACCAGCAUUGCGGGUUCAGGGGCAGCAUUCGGGUCCUUCAUCAUCCUCUGUGUGGGGGGACUAAUCUCACAGGCCUUGGGCUGGCCUUUUAUCUUCUACAUCUUUGGUAUCAUUGGCUGUGUCUGCUGUCUCCUCUGGUUCACGGUGAUUUAUGAUGACCCCACGCAUCACCCAUGCAUAAGUGUCAAGGAAAAGGAAUACAUUAUGUCUUCACUGGCUCAACAGCCCAGUUCUCCUAGACGAUCUGUCCCCAUAAAGGCUAUGGUCAGAUGCCUACCACUUUGGGCCAUUUUCAUGGGUUUUUUCAGCCAUUUCUGGUUAUGCACCAUAAUCAUAUCAUACCUACCGACGUACAUCAGUUCUGUGCUCCAUGUUAACAUCAGAGAUAGUGGGGUUCUUUCCUCCCUGCCUUUUAUUGCUGCCUCAAGCUGUACGAUUCUAGGAGGUCAGUUGGCAGAUUUCCUUCUGUCUAGGAAUCUUCUCAGAUUAAUCAACGUACGAAAACUCUUUUCAUCCCUAGGGCUUCUCCUUCCAUCGCUAUGUGCUGUGGCCCUACCCUUCGUGACCUCCAGUUACAUCACAACCAUGAUUUUGCUCAUACUUAUUCCUGGGACCAGCAACCUGUGUGACUCGGGGUUCAUCAUCAACACCUUAGAUGUUGCCCCCAGAUAUGCAAGUUUCCUCAUGGGAAUCUCAAGGGGAUUUGGACUCAUCGCAGGAAUCAUCUCCUCCACUACCACCGGAUUCCUUAUUAGUCAGGAUUCUGUGUCUGGAUGGAGGAAUGUCUUUUUCCUGUCUGCUGCUGUCAACAUGUUUGGCCUGGUUUUUUACCUCACAUUUGGACAAGCAGAAAUCCAAGACUGGGCCAAAGAGAGGACCAUCACCCGCCUCUGAGAAUACAGAGUUACAAACUUAAAUGUAGUACUGACUAUAAACUUUUCAACAUUUUUUACUUAUCGUCAUUCUUUUUUCAUAUUCUUCAUCAUAGACUCCACAGUUCUCAACUCUGGUUGUAUGUUAGAUUUCCCUGGGGAGUCUCUAAACUAUAGCGAUGAAUGGGCCCUUCCCCAGAGAUUCUGAAUGAGUUGGUCUAGAGGAGAGCCCAGAUAUCACUAAUUUUUUAGAUACUUCCCAGAGUUUCUAACAUGCAGCCAGGGUUGACAACUGCUGGACAAACUUGAAACGUCAAUUCCUGUUGCCUUUGAAUUUUCCUCUUUGGAAAGUACUGGAUGAAUAAAAAUCUAUGUGAAAAUAAUCACUGAUAAGUACCUUCAUGGGGGUGAUUACGGACACAGAGAAGCUCUGCUGGGAACUGUAACUGUGUGUUCUACAGCUCAGCACAGAACAGGAUGUUUAAAGCUGUAAUCUAGAGAACUAACAUUUUUAUUGUUUUUAUACAUUGUGAAACGUGGAUGUUUAUUUAUGUGGUUAAAUUCUAUUAAAAUUCACAUACUAAAAUUAAGUAGAUCAUUUUCAAAUUAUUUAAAUUAGGAUUAUUUCCAUCAGGCAAAACAGGUAUUUACUUUCCUGGCUAAAUUCCAGAAGAUUAACGACCAGGAAAUGACAAGGACAAGAGGAAAUGAACAAGGUUAACUAGACAUCAGGGAAGAGAGAAGAUAGAAUUGGAAAGCUUGCACUCUGAGGAGAAUGUACGUGAGCAGAGGCAAUGUGGGCACUUCCAGAAGGGAUAAUGAGAUGGUUUGGACCAUAUGGUGAAAAUUGGAGGGAGACCAUAGAGGUGCUUUCCAAUGAAAUGAUGACUUAUAUGGGAGAGAAGAAUACUGAAGGUAUAGCAAGAUGAAAGACAGCAUACCACAUACCAGAGCAGUUUCUUUUCAGGGUAGGGAAAGAUCAUUUGACCUUCUUCAUAUUUUCCUUAUUUUCCAAGAUUCUCAAAUAGACAUCAUCAACCCCACCAGGUAUUAAUUAUGGUUCCUAACACUUAAAACACACCCUCUAGGUUUUCUCCACACCCAGAGCUGAGUUUGGUUUUACCAACAACUGUUCCAGAGGAGAAAUUCCCACCAUAUUUAGGAGCCCAGGAGAACCACAGGGACUAAAACCUUGGGCUAAUUUAGCAAAUGAAGAGACUCUCCUAAUGCAAAUCGACAGGUAUUUUUAAGCACGUGUUUUAAGGAAAAUACCUUUGUCAGGCCUUGAGGUGAUGCCAAGCUGAGAACACUCUGGCUCUGCCUUCUGGGUAUUUACAAUGCAGAGAGAAAGGAGAGUUUGUAGAAAAUAAAAAGAAGACAAAAAGAGGGGUGGUAUAAUGAAUGGACAAGUUAAAUAUAGGAAAAAAGGCAGCGAACCCAAUAGAAAAGUGGGCAAAUGACUUGAACAGAGACACCAUAAAAGAGAAAUUCUAAGUGCUUUAUAAGCGUAUAAAGAGGUGCUCAGCUUCACGAAAUAUUAGAGAAAUGAAAAUCAAAACCGCAAUGAAAUGCUACUACAUACUUAAUGAAACAGAUAAAAUGAAAGAAGAUGGAAAACAACAAAUGUUGGCAAGGGUGGAGCAACUAGAACUCUCACACUCUAUGGGUGUGGGCAUCAAUUAAAAUUUGGAAAGCUGCUCAGUAAUAUCUCCUAAAGUUGCAUGUAGACAUUCCAAUGACUUAGACAUUUCACUUAGAAAUGCACAUAAACAUUUGUAAAAAGAUGUACAACAAUGUUUAUAGGAGCACUAUUUAUAGCAGCCCAACAGGAAACAAAUUGUCAAGGAAAGAACUAGUAAGUAAAUUAUGGCUUAUUCAUACAGCAAUGAGAAUAAACAGACCACAAUACACAGCAUCAUGGAUGGAUCUCGUAAACAAAGUGUUAAGUGAAAGAAGACAAAAGCUUCUUUUAAAAGUUUAAAUAGAGUUUUUCAAAAUAGAAAAACUAAUCUAUCCUGUUAAAAAUCAAGUCAGGGCUUCCUCUUGGGUAGAGAUGGAAGCAGUGACUGGACAGGGGGAGCUGAAAGGAGGCUUCUGCCAUGCUGAUAAUAUCUUUAUUACUUGACUCGGGUGCUAAUUGCAUGGGUGUUUUUACUUUGUGAAAAGAACGCAUUUAUGAUUUGUACUCUUUU